AUGACCCGUCUUUACCUUUUAUCGGCCUUGCUGCCGAUCAUCGCUAACGUCUUGGCCAUCGGAGCCACGAAUGAGACAGCAAGCGCAGCCAGGAAUGGGACCAGUGUCGUCGAUGGCGCCUUCAUCGUCGAGUGCAGCAGCCUCAGCGAUGUAGAGUCUCUGAGACAAGAGAUUCAGAGCCUAGGCGGCACUAUCCGCCAAAACUACACGUCCGACAUCUUCUUAGCGCAACGGCGUCUUGUACCGGCCUCGUCCUGUCUCAUUUCACAAUACUAUGAAGAUGUUAUGGUUAUUGCCGCCAUGCCAGUGGGGUUCCCAGGCACAAGGGCUAGUAAGGAGGACUGCGAAUGCGCCGUGAUCUGCCAAUUUCUUGGACAGAAGUAUUGCUUUGCGAGUCCGCCGCCGAUUACUUUUCGACAGGGCAGAAGCUGCAGUCCUUCUCACAGCUUAUACAUCGAUUCUGUAUCUGCGGAGAUGGGACACAACGAGUUUUCCCGUGUCGGCAAUGGCCUGUUGUGGGACACCCUCUGGUUAGUCGUGACUCGAGCAAAGUUUCAGCGGACCUGGGACGCGCGGCCGCUCAUUUCACAAUAUUAUGAAGAUAUUAUAGUCGUUUAUCGCUGGCUUUUUACAGGAAGAUGA